AGCAGGACCCAGGACGUGAUCCUCUCUGCUCCUGAUUGGAAUACACUCCGUUAUUCGGAUAUAUCUGGGCGCUCUGUGGUACCCGGCUGGAGUGUGGGCAUGGACCUCACAACCUUUGUGUCGUGCCCCUGCAGCGUGGCGGCGUGUUAAAGGUGUGCUUGAGGUGUCGGUGAUGAUGGACAGGUGAAUGAUGGGAAGAUUUAUAAGACAUCUUAGCCAGUGAUGGAGAGAAGGUGAUCCAUUUUCUUCACACCUGGAGAACAUCAAUCAAGGAUCAUGGGGAAUUCAUACGCAGGGCAGCUGAAGUCGGCGCGUUUCGAAGAGGCGCUGCACAACUCCAUCGAGGCAUCGCUGCGCUCCAGCAAUGGAGAUCCACAACCCAUUUUCACCCAGCUUUACCUGGAGCCUGACCAGUACAGCACCAGUCUGGACGACAUUAAGUCCAAGAUGGACCUGAGCAUCAGGUCAGAUGAAAGUGGACACGUCCGGAUGAACUGCCAUUCAUCCAAUAGGCUGGACGACAUGGACGACGACGUGGAAUCAGACACCAGCAGCCCACCGCUGCCGUACCUACAGGCCCCGCCCCCGGACGGCUGCUGCACUGUAGACGGGUUCUGUCAGGCCGGGAAGGAUCUGCGCCUGGUUUCUAUGGCAGCAGCACCUAUUGAAAUCCCAACGGGGUUCGAACUGGUGGGCGCCAAAUCUCCCAGCAUUCCCGAGCAAAUCCUGGUGUGCGCCGUGGACAAACGCUUCCUGCCGGACGAGAAUGGGAAGAACGCACUUCUAGGCUUUUCGGGGAGCUGUGUGGGUUGCGGUGAAAAAGGGUUCCGCUACUUUACUGAGUUUUCCAACCACAUCAACCUGAAGCUGAGCACCCAGCCCAAAAAGCAGAAGCACUUAAAGUACCACCUGGUGAAGAACCACCAGGGGGCGCUGUGUAAGGGGGCACUCAUCUGCUGGAAAGAUUGUAAGACCAGAACUCUGUCAAGUGCAUCUUCAUCCAAACCCAGUUCAUCAUCAUCAUCAUCACUGAGCAGUAAAGAGAACGGAGGAACCAGCAGCCACAGCCCGUCCUCCCUCUCUCUAACAGACUCUCCACCAGCUCAAGGAAAAUCCAGCUGUUCACCUGGAAUUAACGGGACUCCGGAACUCACACGGGACUUCCUAAAACCUCUCAGCACCAGCACACACCCCCCCAAACCUUUACCUAUAGUACCCACAGCUGUACGAGUUAACGGUCUGGCAAACGGUUUAAGCAUAGAUGGCCGGCCGCCUGUACUGAGCCCCACCCACUUAAACCCGCUGGCCACGCCCACACACGGCUAUCGGCCAGUCGAACCGGCAGACAGUCCAGCAUCCUCUGCCAUGUCGUCAGGGCCCCCGAAAAAGCGGCACCGCAGUUGGCACCCGUCCUCAGUCAUGUCUGUUCCUGCCACACCAGUUCCUGUACCCGCUGUUCGUCCUCUGCCCUGUGGAUCAGGUCCUCUGCUGUCGCUGGCCAAUCAGGCGUCUCUGUCAGCAUCAGGUGUCAUACAGCCUCAGCCAAUCACAGCGGGAGAGACCGUGAUCAUUCCAGAUAAUCUGCUGAAUACCUGCGGGGUUCGACCCGUCAUUCUCAUCGGUCACGGUGCUCUGCCCUACUUUUUCGGGAAUGUGUGUGAUGUGGUGGUGAGCCCCCUGCUGACCAGCUGCUAUAACUACAGCCAGCUGAGUGAGAAGAGCCUGGCGGCGCUGGGACUGUCGACCAAUCAGAUACCAACAACCGAAACGCUCAUCCUGCUCACGCUGCAGUACCUGUCCCGCCUGGGGUGGGAUCAGAUCCCCGUCUGCGAGGAGUUCGAGCAGAUCGUCCUGAAGGCGGCGCUCUGCGGUGCGGCCGUCCCCCCCGUCUCGGCCGCCCAGCUCCCGUGGUUGGCGCGCGUGGAGGCCAGCGUGUCCGGCGGCGGCGUCCAGGUCCUGCUGGCUCAGAGCUCGCUGGGCGAGGGCAUCGCGGAGACGCUGCGCUCCCUGAGCGAGAACGCUCACCUCCAGCAGCCGCAGCGUCUACCCAACUACGUCCUGGUGGUCCACACGGGCGCCGGCGGGAGCCAGUUCUGCGUCAUGGUGCUCGGUAAAUACCAGUCGAGGGCGCUGGCCGAGGGCAUGCUGACCACCAGCGAGUUUCUGAAGGAGAUCAGCUACGAGCUCAUCACUGGAAAGGUUUCGGUGCUGGCAUCACACUUCAACAACACAUCUCUAGGUGAUGAUCUGGCCAGGGAGUUGGCGCGGUACCAGCGGAGGAGGAAGCAGCAGGUCAACCAGAGCGAAUCGGUUCACUCGCAGGAGGAACCGGAGAUGAAGCCGGACACAGGAACUGAGCCGCCGGCCGAAGAGUUCCAGAUUCACCCGCCUCAGCUGGCGGUGGCCCGCAGCCUCCUGUCUCUGGUGUGCGGCAUCGCGGACUCCAACAGCCAGAGCCUCGACCUGGGGCGCUUUUGCAAGGUGGAUUUCCUGGUGCUGGUGCCGCCGUCGAACGUCCUGUUGCACCAGACGGCGCGGCGCAUCCGCCAGUCAGGUGUGCUGGUGGAUCUCGGGGUGGAGGACGCCUCCUCAGCCCCGCAGAAGGCCGACAGGUACGUGGCACGCCUGGACAACGAGGUGCACUCCAAGAUGGAGGCCUUCAUGAGGAAAGUGAAGCAGAAUCCGUACACGCUCUUCGUCCUGAUUCAUGAUAACUCGCACGUGGACCUGACCAGCUCCAUGUCGGGCUCGGUGGCUCACGGCGAUCUUCAGGGAUUAGCCGAUCGAGUGGUGAAUUCUCAGGAGGUUCUAGAGGCGGAGAAUCUGCUGCUCCUGCAGGUCUCGUCUUUUCCCUUCACACUGCAGUCGCACCAUUCACGUAUCGGGAUCCAGAAUGAGGUUCACUGGCCCACCAACCAUGGCCCGCAGGUGGCGCCGUCUUCUAAAGAGCUGGUGUACUUCGGGAUGCAGGGGUACCAGCACUCGGUGCAGUGGGGCGUGUCCAGUCCCAUCCUGCGCUGUGACGAUGCCUUCGAGAGGAUGGUCAGCGCCCUGCUCCAACGUCACCCUCACCUGCACAGCAUGGUGAUCCGGAGCCACCUGCUGAUCCAGCAGUACACCGAGGCCAUGAUGGCGCUGACCGCCUGUCCGGCGCUGAGGGACCACGUCACCCCGCAGACCCUGGCCAUGGUGGAGGGCGUGCUGGGCGGCGAGGGUCGCGACGAGGCCCGGGGCGGUAAGGGCCACAUGCUGCUGGUACGAGUGCCCUCCCUACAGCUGGCACGCCUGGCGCGGGAUCGGCUGGAGGAGGCGCAGCACAAGCUCGGGCUGGAGAGGAGGUUCGCCGUGGUGCUGGGAGGACCGACCAACGAGAUCGACCUAGCGCCGCAUUUCUGCGCGCAGCUCAGGGGUUGGCAACAGGGCAGGAAUGAAGACUGGAUCCCUCUGACCUACGAGGAUCUGGAGGAUCUACCCUGCAUGGUGAUCCUGACUGGUAAAGACCCUCUCGGAGAAACGUUCCCCAGGUCUCUGAAGUACUGCGACCUGAGGCUGAUCGACUCCAGCUACCUGACCCGCACGGCUCUGGAGCAGGAAGUGGGCGUGGCCUGCUCCUACGUCACACGGGGCGCGAUCCCCGAUACCUCGACCGUGGCGGGCAGGGUUGCGGGACUGAAGAAGGAAGUGGAGGAGGAUGAGGAGCGGCGUGGAGGAGGAAUGAUGGAGCAUGAUGAGCUGGAGAGACCACCCAGCAACGGCAGCUCCACCACCAGAGCCUCCGGCUCCAUCGCUGAAAAUGGCGUCAGCUCCUCAGGUGUUCCAGACUCCUCCCACAAAUCCUGCUUGGUCUCCUCCUCCCACCACGAAUCGUCCAAUAGCAGCUUGUCCAGCUGCUUAAACUCCUCCCCCCACAACCUGAAGCAGGAGUGUGAUUCCCAGUGUCCCUCCUCCUCCUCCUCCUCCUCGUCCUCUUUAUCUUCCUCUCCAGGUUCCCACAGACCGAGCCAGUCCACCCAGACGGUCCAGCGGGGGAGCAGACCGGGUCAGCGCGCCUCCCCCCGCGUGGUGGUUCUGUCCCGCGCCUCCUAUCGCCUCCUCGCCCCCGACUCGCCGGCUCAGCCCAGCUCCGCCUGGCUCCUCCCCCACGCCGACUUGGAGUGGGUCAGUCCGCUCCGGCCGCCGUUCCCGCAGCAGGGCGCGGCCGCCGAGCAGUCGCUGUACUACCGGCAGUGGACGAGGGCGCGGACGCAGCACGCCGAUCACAACGCCGCGGGACGUACCCACCCACGGAGGCUCUUACUGAGCGGACCGCCACAGGUGGGUAAGACCGGCUCGUACCUGCAGUUCCUGAGGAUUGUGUUCCGGAUGUUGAUUCGGUUGCUGGAGGUCGACGUGUACGAUGAGGAGGAGCUCGAGGAGGAAGUCGUCCCUGAUGACCUGGACGUUCCGGUGUCCAGCGGCCUGGCGUGGCCUGACCUGGAGGAAAUGCAGAAGAAGACCUUCAACCACAAUCCGCGUGACCCCCGGUUCAGGCGCUGCAGUGAGGUGUUUUCAGGCAGGAAGCAGCUGAGUGUGAGCGGACUGAAACAGGAGGAUUGUGAUGAGGACGCUGAGAGGAAGUGGAACACCGUCUCCAUCAGACUCAGCAUGUUCGCUGCCCACAAUGCAUUUCACCACUGCGAGCAGUGCCACCAUUACAGCAAGCCCGGCCCCGCCCGCCCCCUGUCGGACUGCACCGUCCACUCCUUCUCCUUCUGCUCCUCCAUGCUGGGUGAGGAGGUCCAGCUGCACUUCGUCAUCCCCAAACACAAGGAGCAUCACUUCACCUUCAGCCAGCAGGGGCGUCAGCUGGAGAGCAUGACGCUCCCGUUCCUCUCCGACCAGGACUGCGUCAGAAGUCCCAUCUUCACCCCGACGACGGGCCGGCAGGAUCUGGGUCUGCUGAACCUGCACCAUGCCCUGGAGGGGGCGCCACACCUUCACAUCCUGGUGGUGAAGCAGCACGAGAUGGCUCUCUACAGGAAGUUCUGGCCCAAUCACAUCCUGCUGGUCCUGCCCUCCAUCUUCAACAACUCCGGAGUCGGAGCCGCUCGGUUCAUGAUUAAGGAACUCUCCUAUCAUAACCUGGAGCUGGAGAGGAACAGACAGGAGGAGCAGAACCUCCAGAGACAGAACGUCUGGCCCUUCAUCAUCAUCAUGGAUGAUUCCUGUGUCCUCUGGAACUCCCACAUCCAGAACUCUGACGGUUCGGUGGAGGUGUGUAACGUCAGUCUGAAGCAGGUACUCCUGCACAUGGAGUCGACUCCGGCCCUGCCCUACUACGCCGCCUGUGGAUUGAGAAAGUGGAACAGUAAGAUGGCAUCAUCACCUCUGGGUGCCCCGUUCAGCCGAUGCCACCUUCACGACUUCAUUCUGCUGAACGUGGACCUCACGCAGAACGUCCAGUACGACCUUAACCGGUACACGUGUGAGGAGGUGGACUUUAACCUGAGGGUGAACAGCAGCGGUUUGCUGUUGUGCCGCUUCAACCGCUUUAGCAUCAUGAAGAAGCACAUUCCCACCGGCGGCCACAAACGCGCCCCCAUCAAACCCAAACUCACGGCGAUGGAGACGCUGUCCCCGGUGCCCAGCUCCCAGUUCGUGUGUGCGCCGGACAGUGAGUGCCCCCUGCUGGACGCCCCGGCUCAGCUCCUGCUGGAGAGGUUCCUUCAGCGCUGCAGCACACACCUGUUUCCUCACGCCGUGCACAACCACACCCGCCCGGUCCUCGCCAUCGACACCUACCUCGACCUCGGUCCUCAGUUAUCGGUGUGUUACAUGAGCUCGCGACCUCACUCGGUGAAUCUGGACCACGGCGGCGUCCUGUUCAGCGGUCUGCUCCUCUACCUGUGCGACUCCUUCGUGGUUUCUGGAUUCCUCAAGAAGUUCCGCUUUCUGAAAGGCGCGACGCUCUGCGUGGUCUCUCAGGACCGGAGUUCCCUGCGGCAGAUCAUCGUCCGUCUGGAGCUGGAGGACGAGUGGCAGUUCCGCCUCCGAGACGAGUUCCAGACGGCCAACUGCAGCGAGGACAGACCGCUGUACUUCCUCACCGGACGCCACAUUUAACCGCCGGGAGACCCUCGGUCAGAUGCUGCUCCCCUGCCGAAUGCUACCCCCCCCCCCCCCCCCCCCGCUAUGUCCUCGCGGAUGUAGAAACGAUCUCAGGGUUUUCUGUCUCACUACUCGUGUCUUGUGUAGCGCUCACCAAAGAACUGCUAAGAAUGCUAACGCCCAAAGAGACGGACUUUCCCUAGCGAAAGCCUCACGACCCACCGAUGAUGGAUGUGUUUCCGCUAAUCCUUGGAAUGCAACUUUACGCGGUUUCUGUCGAGCUUCGAUCGGCCGAUUCUGACGUUUUUAUCAUGCUAAUCAUGCUAAACGUCACACGCGGCCUGACCGGCGAGAAACUGCGUGGACUGAAACUGGAACGGUUCUAAAUGUGCUGAUUCAUGUGGGAUUGCUAACGCGGACAAUCCUUCAGCCUGAACGCUGCUGCUAAUCUGAACGCUGCUGCUAAUCCUAAUCUUACACUGGAAGCUAGAGGACUACUGGAACGUAGACUGCACGCCCGAGAGUGUUCGGACGCCUGAUACGCUAAUCUUAAAAUCUGUUUUGCUAACAGGAAGCUCUAAAUUGUUCAAAUCCCGCUAGAAUCUACAAAGCUAAGCAUGUACGUUGCUGCUAAGGAGCUAGCGUGAACAUAGCUUUACGCUGUCUUUCGAAAACUAGCAUUAACGAGCUCUCAGAUUCUGAACAGUCGGAUCCUGAAGAGUUUCGGUGCUAAUUUGAAUGUAAACGCAAAUGAAGGAACAACUAACUAGCCGAUCGGCUAAUUAGCGACAAAAGUCAUGAAGUUUAUGCUAAGCUAACAUUCUGCUAACUGUUUGUAAACUAGCUGCUCACACUGCUAUUUUGUGCUACGCCGUCAUUUCCGCUGGCUGUUUUCCGCCCGAUGCUGAUUUUAGCUUUACGGAAAGUUAGCUAAACGUGGCUAAUAUGCUAGUAUCGCUACCUGACGAUUGUUUUCAGUGCUUAGUGACGAUUUUGCUACAUUUAUUAACAGCUAAAACAUUCCUGAUGUUUUUAUUUUUCCGUAUCUGGGAAUGAAGCUGACGAACCGGGUGAACUAGCGCUUGUUUAGCGUUAACCGGUCCCAACUGGAAACGUAAGCUAGCUUUCGUGACGUAGCCGCCGUGAUUGAGUUGUAGCAGGUUGGUGUGACAGAUGGAACGAUAUUGGGACGCUAUAACGUGGAAAAAGGUUGAAACGUGAUGAAUGCUAAUAUUAAUAUAUUGACUUUUCGACGUUUUGGUCGCUAGCGUUGAUGAAAUAUCCGUUCGUUUUUGUUUUUAAGGCACAAAGAAGCUACCUAGCAUCGUUUCUUUUAUUAGUUUAGCUUUUUUUGUUUGUCUGUAUUAAUAUGAAAGAGAAAAAAUCAGGUCUGGAUGCUGUGAGAUUAUUUAUUGUUUGAGCUUCUUCUCCGGACUGAAAACGGCACCUAGCUAGCGUGUUUAGCUCGUUAGCCGUGCCGAUAUUGAAGAAACGUAUCGUAAACGUUUUUCCGUACGUCAGGAGAAACGGAAUCUGUGGAGUCGUGUUUCGGCUGAAGUUCUGUACGUAGCUAACCGGACUAGCUGAGCGGUCAGCUAAUUCUGAAUGAAGAGCGUCGCUAACGAAGAAAAACUGAAGUGAAGAACCUGCAUUACGACCCAGAACGUCUCUCACGUCUCUCACGUCUCACGUCUCUCACGUCUCUCACGUCUCUCACGUCUCACGUCUCUCACGUCUCUCACGUCUCACGUCUCUCACGUCUCUCACGUCUCUCACGUCUCACGUCUCUCACGUCUCACGUCUCUCACGUCUCUCACGCCUCACGUCUCUCACGUCUCACGUCUCUCACGUCUCACGUCUCUCACGUCUCUCACGUCUCACGUCUCUCACGUCUCUCACGCCUCACGUCUCUCACGUCUCUCACGUCUCACGUCUCUCACGUCUCACGUCUCUCACGUCUCACGUCUCUCACGCCUCACGUCUCACGUCUCUCACGUCUCUCACGUCUCUCACGUCUCUCACGUCUCACGUCUCUCACGUCUCUCACGUCUCUCACGUCUCACACGUCUCUCACGUCUCUCACGUCUCACGUCUCUCACGUCUCACGUCUCUCACGUCUCACGUCUCACGUCUCUCACGUCUCACGUCUCACGUCUCACGUCUCUCACGCCUCACGUCUCUCACGUCUCUCACGUCUCUCACGUCUCACGUCUCUCACGUCUCUCACGUCUCUCACGUCUCACGUCUCUCACGUCUCUCACGUCUCACACGUCUCUCACGUCUCUCACGUCUCACGUCUCUCACGUCUCACGUCUCUCACGUCUCUCACGUCUCUCACGCCUCACGUCUCUCACGUCUCUCACGUCUCACACGUCUCACACGUCUCACGUCUCUCACGUCUCUCACGUCUCACGUCUCUCACGUCUCUCACGUCUCUCACGUCUCACGUCUCUCACGUCUCACGUCUCUCACGUCUCUCACGUCUCACACGUCUCACGUCUCUCACGUCUCACGUCUCUCACGUCUCUCACGUCUCUCACGUCUCUCACGUCUCUCACGUCUCACGUCUCUCACGUCUCUCACGUCUCACGUCUCUCACGUCUCUCACGUCUCACGUCUCUCACGUCUCACGUCUCUCACGUCUCACGUCUCACGUCUCUCACGUCUCACGCCUCACGUCUCUCACGCCUCACGUCUCUCACGUCUCUCACGUCUCUCACGUCUCACGUCUCUCACGUCUCUCACGUCUCACGUCUCUCACGUCUCUCACGUCUCUCACGUCUCACGUCUCACGUCUCUCACGUCUCUGUGCACAUAAAUUAUGCAACUUUUGCUUCUUACAAUCUGAACCUCUGAAGUCUGUGGUGCGUUCACAAACCCGCACCGCCGCGCCAAAGUGUUUACGAGCGACGAGUCGUCUCUGUUCUACCUCAGGAUCCGUCCCAGCGCUCGUGGCUUUCAAAAUGUGACUUAAAUAUUAAAUAUCGGCUUUUUUUCUAUUUUAUUUUCCUGUUGUUAAAAUUUAUGAAUGUAAGAAUAAAGUAACGCUGAUAACUGUGA